UAAAACAGCUACAUGUAGCGCUGUGAUAACAACGAUGAUAGUUUACAUCAUGGUGGUUUUGUAAUAACUGUCAACAUCAGUUAAUCAAAAGGAUAAUGUCUCAUAAGGGAACUAUUAGAAAGGAUUCAUCUGUCAGGAAUGGACAUCAGUCAAAUGUUAAAGCAAAAUCAAAAAGUUCGUCAUCAUAUGCAGACUCAGAGAAUUCUGAAAAAGUAGAUUUAAAAUUGAGAAUGUCUCAAACUCUUGAAAAAAGAAAAGAGGAUGACAGUCACUCAAGAUUAACACAAAAUUUACAAACAAGCAAAAAUAGUACAAAACAUCCUAUUAAAUCCUCUAAAAGUGUUCCUGUUAAGGAAAGUUUUUCCUCGACAUCCAAAUCAAAUAUUAACAAGUCUAGAAUAUCAUCAAAAAGUAUUUUAACAACUAAAACACAGACUGAACUUAUGAAGAAGUCAGAUAUCAAUGCUGUAAAAAGCAGUAAAAGUAGUAGUGGAAGAAUACAGAGUAAUUAUUCAGAAAAGAGAGGACAGAGUACAAUAUUUAUACCACAAUCACUUACAACUAAACUCAAUGCUAAAUUAUCUAAUAAAAGCACUAGUUCUGUAUCAAAAAAUGGAGAAGAAGUUAAAACAUAUUCAUCAGAAACAACUGAAUCAAAACCAAGGUCUAGGCAACGUAGACUAUCUAGAACAUUAAGUCCAAGUGAAGUAAAAAUGUUACAUUCUGCUACUAAUAGAUCAGAUCCUGUACAGAAAAUGGACCAGAAGAAAAAGGAGAAAAUAGAGAUACUUCAGACAGAUAAUGAAUAUGAUUAUGAAGAUGAUUUUGAGGAUUAUGAAUCUGAUUUUCAAGAAUGCACAGAUAGUGAAACAUCUGAAGUUAGUGAAGAAACAAGCAUUAAUCAUAUUAGUGUACCACUGGAUCCAAUUGAACUGCAUACUGCAAAACAACGCAAAAUUGUGAACAGUGCCGAACAAAAGGAAGAAGAACAUAUGCAUGAUUCUGGUCAUUAUGAGCUUACAGAAGCAAGAAAGAGAGCUGCAAGAAUAGACUCAAUUGCAAAUGAUUCAAAGCUAUCUUCUCUUCUUGAGAUAAAACAACCAGUUAAUAAAUCAUUUAGUGAGGAUAGAUCGGAAAGUAAAUCGUUACCAUUAUCUACUGAUGAAGGAUUCGAAGAUAGUCGUUCGGGUGAUUUUGCAAAAUCGCCACCGCUUUCACAAAUUUCGUUCAUUGAUUUCCGUAAAACCAAAGAGGAACAAAAACCAAAGAAACCCAAAAAGAGUUUAAGUAGAGGUGAAGAGCUAUUAGAAAUGAUAAAAUUAGAUGUUAUGGAGUGGUCUGUUCUGGAAUGUUCACCUAUACCAUAUGAAGAAUUUAUUAGAAAUUAUGGAAAAUUAAAUGCUCAACAAAUAUCUACGCAAACUGGUGAAGAUAAUAUUGACAUAGAAACACAAACGGAGGAAAUAACAUUUAGAAAUAAAUGGACUCAAUUUCCAAUAACUUGCAGAAAAAAUUUACAAACCAAGGAAGAUUUAGACUUAUUUCGUAUGGAUCAAAUUGGGGUCGGUAGUGACAAUGAUAAUGAUAUAGAAACUACAAGCUCUAUGUUACCGCAACCCUUUGAUAUAUUGCGAUUAAAUGAUUUCAUGAGUCGCGCAGGAAAAGUAAUGUUAUCGUUAUUGGAAGAAAGACGAUCUGGUGGAAAUGUAUUUAAAAAUGAAGAAGAAAUACCAUUCAGUGACGGUGUUGUCAAACUUUCCAUAAAUUCCAUAACAUUUUUGGCUGGUAGAGCAGUAACGAUAAUUCAUUAUUCAGAAGUCUUAAAUAAAAUCCUACUGACUAUUCAUUCUCCAGCUGAAGAAGAAAUUGAGACAUCCAGCAAACAAGAUUAUAUAACCGAUUGUUGUAUUGGAUGCGUUUGGAAUAUUACUGAACCAUCGAUGCCGAUUAAAUUAUUGUACUCUACCUGCCCUAUUACUUCAUGUUGUUUUCAUUCAACGAAUUAUAACAUCGUAUUUGCUGGACUUCAGGAUGGAUCGAUAAGUCUCUGGGAUUUAAAGGAAGAUGAAAUGUGGCAUCAGAAAGUGACAGAUAAAGCCAACAAUUUAGAUUGGACAAUACGAAUGCCUACAUAUACAACAGCAACAAAUGUAGAAACAAAUCAUACAGCACAAGUUGUUGCAAUACGUAUACUAUCUAAAAUUGAAGAAAAGUCAAUAGAACAACAUAACAAUAAAUUUGUACCAAUACAGAUAUGUAGCUUAAGUGAAAAUGGUUCAGUUGUUAUAUGGAGUGUUUUGCACAAUAUGGGCAAAAAUGUCGACGAUUUAGGACUAUCAUUUUGGGGUAGUGUAAAACUUAUUAAAAGCCAAGAACUAUUUUUACAACCUAACUAUAAAAAAAAAAAGAUCACUGCAGCUACGUUCAUUGAUAUGCAUGUGGAUUGCAUUGAUAGUAAUAAUCUUUAUAUUGCCACUAACAGUAGCAGUAUUUUGCAUGGUACUUGUAUUGGUAACAAAGCUAAUCCUGCUGUAUAUACAAAGUUGGAUACUAAUGACUGUGGGAACAUAACUUGCAUAGAAAUCUGUCCAUUUGGAUAUUCGUUCUUCUUGGUUAGCUGUGAUGAUGGAACAAUUCGAUUGCACUCUUUAGAUAUUAAGAAACCAAUUUUACAAUUAAAAGAUGAAGAUAAUACAUACAUUAUUAGAUCGGUACAAUGGUCAAGGUCGAAACCAUUUACUCUUUUUGUACUAGACAAUAAAUCAUGUAUACAUAUAUGGGAUUUAAGUAACAGUGAUAUAUAUCCAACAUACAAAAUAAAUAUGCAAAAUAGUGGACAUAUAAAAACUAUGCAAUUAUCAUACUGCAAAACAAAACGAGAUACAUCUCAUCAGUACUUGGCGUUUGGUACAGAAUGCGGGCACGUAGAAAUACACAAACUAAAAAUGAAUUUUUAUCAUUCAAAGGAAGAAGAUUAUUUACAGGAAUUAAAUGCUUUCAUGCGAUACGUUGCAAUUUUAUAAAUAAGAUAAAAUCACCAAUAGGAUCAAUACUGUUCAAGGAAAUUGACACAUUUUUUAUACUUCCGAUGAAUUGAAACGGACUUUGUAUGCCUUGAAUAUACAUUUGUACUAUCAAAGUGAAUGAUACAUACUUAAAUAAUAUUUAAGGACAAUCCUAUAAUCAUAAUGUAUGUGCCCACUGAAAAGCAUUUUUUAAACUGUUGUAUCACUUUAAGGCAAAACUAGAAGUUUGCACAAAACUAUUAUUAUUUAUUGUGCACAUUAUUCACUGUAACGCACAAAACUGAAACCGUCCACAAAUUGUAUACAAUCCAAAAUUUUAUAUUGUAAAAAGAUAUUUAAAUAAUAUACCUCAAUGAAAACAUU